AUGCCUUUUAAUGUUUGGUGUGGUGGAAGAGUCCAUGAUUCCAAAGGGUAUAUGGUUCAACGAGAGAAGAAGCAAAUCCAGAAUUAUUACUCUGCAAAGAUAUGGAGCUUUACAAUGAAGUCUGCUUGCUGCAAACAUGAGAUUGUUAUUGAUACAGAUCUAAAAAAUUGUGAGUACGUGAUACUUAGUGGAACCCGACAAAACUUUGGUACUCCUAGAGUUCCAGUAGAUGGUGGUGAGAAUUUUCUGUCGUUGUUUGGAGUUAUUAACAUCUACAUUGAGAAUGCUCAAAAAUCAUCGAGAAUAAACCUUUUGUCCUCGUACAAUAUUCUUUGUUCUUUACGAGAAAGAAGCAAGUUGACAAAUCCUUCCUACCAUCCUGAACAGCAUGAAGAAGAUAUCAAGAAGAAUAAAGAAGCUCAGCCAGUACUCUGCGUCUUCAGCGAGUUUCUGAUGCAGGCAUUCAGAUGA